GAGCGCAGCGUGGAGCAGUGGCUGGCGGCGGGGGUGCCGGCGGAGAAGCUGGUGGUGGGCGUGCCGCUGUACGCCCGCACCUACACGCUGGCUGACCCCGCCCGCCACGGGGUGGGGGCGCCCGCCCUGGGGCCUGGCGAGCCGGGCGCCGUCACGCAGGAGCCCGGAUACCUCACCAUCUACGAGCUCUGCAUGAUCAUUGAAGAUGAGUCCUGGGAUUUGAGCGAAGAGAAUGGAAUAUACUUCGCUCACAAAGGAGACCAAUGGGCAACGUACGAACCUCUUACAGAGAUUCGCAAGAAGGCUGAAUAUGUCGUAAAGAAGGGUUUGGCUGGAGUGAUGGUGUGGCCACUGGAAUCUGACGACGUCUCUGGCGUUUGCGGACAUGGAUCGUCUCCGCUUUUGCGUGAACUCAACAAGGGUCUUGGCCGCAUUUGAAGGGUUAUGAGCAGACGUUUUCAUUUUCAUCAGACUUAUCAGAGUGUACUGGAAUCAAUAUAGAUGUAAAAAACAAUAUUCACA